AUGAUCCUGCCUUGGUCUCUCCUGCUGCUGGUGUAUUCGACCGUCGCAGAAGGCGUGCAUCCUUGCCUGGAGAGCGACAGCGGCCGGUGUACCUUUGGUACAACCGAUGUCGACGUGAGAUAUUGCGGGCUAGGCGACGAAGACUUCGAGGAUCUAAGCCGAUGUUUAGACACGGCAGGGCGAAGCACGAUCACGGAAGUAAACUUGGACGACAACGACUUCGUCGACUUCCCGGAGGGCUUGUUUGCGGGCCUGAGUGCCGUCACGUACAUCCGGAUUAAUCACCUCCCAUACCUGACGGAAGUGCCGGAAGGCCUCUUCGAGAAUCUAGCGACCUUGGAGAAAAUCUCAUUGCGCGACAACGCCUUGGUAACGCUUCCAGAGGGCCUGUUCUCGGGAUUGUCCUUGCUACGAACCAUACACAUGGACCACAAUCCAAUUACCCAACUACCGGCGGGGCUUUUCUCGGGGCUGUCUUCGCUGGAGACUCUGAGAAUGCGGGACCUUCGCCUUGCUGAAGUGGAGGAGGAUCUGUUCUCCGGCCUGAGCGCACUCAGUGAACUCUACUUUUAUGAGAAUCAGGUGGAUCUCAGCGAACCGUCUGUACUGGCUCUACCUCCCACGCUCUUUCGAGACACACAAAACUUGGAGGAGUUGUGGAUUCACACCAACAACAUCGUGGAGCUCGAUCCAGAGGUAUUCUCGGGCCUGACCAAACUUUCGUUUCUUCAUUUAGGUUCGAACCCAAUCAAGGUUCUGGAGGACGGGCUCUUUUCGGACCUUUCUUCUCUGGAGACGUUGAGGCUCCGCGGGCUGGACGUCAGCGAGGUUCCCGAAGGGACGUUCAAUGGCUUAAGUGCCCUCAAAAGCUUGUACCUGUACCAAACCGAGUCGGACAUCGGCCUACCUCCCGCGCUGUUCCAGGACAACGGAAACCUGGAAACUUUGUGGCUCCACAAGAACGGGUGUGGGGAAGUCGACGAGAAUCUCUUCUCCGGGCUGUCCAAGCUUCAAUUCCUGCGCUUAACCUUCAACGGCCUGUCGUCGCUGCCGGAGGGUGUAUUCACCGACCUGGGGCAGCUACAAGAACUGUACUUAGGACACAACAAGUUUACGACUUUACCGGCGGGGAUCUUCUCCAAUCAAGGCCAGCUACUAUAUCUCGUCCUAAACGACAAUCUCUUGGAAAGGCUGCCUGGCGACUUGUUUACCGAUCUGACUUCGAUCGUCGAAAUAGAUGUGACGGAGAACCCGGAUUUGCUGUGUGUCCCGCCUAGCCCUGCGGGAGAGAUCCUGAGGGACUCGAUCGCUUCUCAGGACGAAUCGUGCGGAACUGAAACUUGCAGCAACGGCCUGGAAGGCAUCGACGGGAACGGUGUCGUAUGCUGUCCGCUUGCCUGUGGACAAUGCGGAGGGAAGGGAUGCUACACGUCUGGCUCUGCGAAUGGCCUCAGUGGUGAUUCCUGCUGCGGUGGAGGGAUCAAGGCUAGCGAUGAGUACUGUGAUGAGACUAACGAAGCCCCGUGCAUCAUCGGCAGCCGCCCCGGAUAG